AUGAAUUUCGAUCAAAGUGAAGAUAGAGAUGGUGUUAGAUUCUCUUGGAAUGUUUGGCCAACAUCAAGAGUUGAAGCAACUAAAAAUUUAUUAGUUCCAUUAGGUUGUCUUUAUACUCCAUUACAUCAAAGUCCAGAAAUUACACAAGUACCAUAUCCACCACUUCGUUGUAAAGGUAUUUGUAAUGCAAUUUUAAAUCCAUAUUGUACUAUAGCACCACCAUAUAAAACAUGGGUUUGCCCAUUUUGUUUACAACAUAAUCAAUUUCCACCACAUUAUGCAGGUAUUUCAGAUUUAAAUAGACCAGCGGAAUUAUUACCACAUGUAACUACAAUUGAAUAUCAAUUACCAACAGCAGAAACACCAUUACCAAUCUAUUUAUUUGUAGUUGAUGUUUGUGUGCCAGAUGAUGAAUUACAAUCAUUGACAGAUUCAUUGACAAUGUCAUUAUCAUUGAUUCCAGAGAAUUCCUAUGUUGGUUUGAUUACAUUUGGAUCAAUGGUACAAUUGUAUGAAUUAGGAUUCACAAGUUGUCCAAAGUCCUAUGUAUUCCGUGGUGAUCCACCUACCAAUACAUUUAAGAUCGCCAAUUUGAUGCAAAAGGUUGGUUCACCAGAGACAAUGAAUUUACAAAGCAAACGUUUCCUCGUACCAGUUAGUGAAUGCGAAUUCCAUUUGACAUCAAUUCUCGAGGAGAUUCAAAAGGACCCAUGUAGAGUAGCUUCCGAUAAACGUCCAUUACGUGCCACCGGUAUGGCAUUCUCUGUGGCAAAUGCUUUGCUCUCAACCGUCGCUUCGAAUAUGGGUGGUAGAAUUAUGGCUUUCAUUGGUGGUCCUGCUACAACUGGUCCUGGUUUGGUUGUUUCGGAAGAUCUUCGUGAACCAAUUCGUUCACAUCAUGAAGUGAUCAAAGGUAAGACUAAAUACACUAGUAAAGCAUAUCAAUUCUAUAAAUCAAUCGGUGAGAGAUCAGUUGCCAGUGGUCAUGCCAUUGAUAUAUUCUCUUGUUCAUUGGAUCAAGUGGGUCUCUAUGAAAUGAGAGAGAUGGUCAAAUUGACCGGUGGUUAUAUGGUGUUGGCCGAUAGUUUCGAUCAUCCAAUGUUCACUCAAUCCUUCCAAAAGAUUUUCACUCGUGAAGAUAAUGCAUUCAAAAUGGGUUACAAUGCAGAGGUACAAGUUUGCACAUCCAUGUCAUUGAAGGUUUGUGGUGCCAUUGGUCAUAUGUCUUCCAGAAACAACAAGACCUCUUGCGUGGGGGAGAAUGAAAUUGGCAUUGGUGGCACUAGCAGUUGGAAGGUUUGUGCUCUCGAUCAAAAUUCAACAUUUGCCUUUUACUUUGAAAUUGCCAACACUCAACAAAAUGCUCCAGAACAAUUGGGUUUGGUUCAAUUCAUAACCUCUUAUCAAAAUAGUUUAGGUAAACAAAUCUUACGUGUUUCCACCAUUAGAAGAGAGUGGGUACAACAUACAAUGGAACAACAACAAAAUAUAACCAUGUUGGCAAAUGGUUUCGAUCAGGAAACCUCUGCCGUCUUGAUGGCACGUUUGGCAGUGUUCAAAGCUGAGACAGAAGAGUUGCCAGAUAUCACUAGAUGGUUGGAUAAGAUGUUGAUUAAAUUGGUCUCUAAAUAUGCCGACUAUAGAAGAGAUGAUCCAACCUCUUUCAAAUUGGUUUCAAACUUCUCCAUCUAUCCUCACUUUAUGUUCCAUCUCAGAAGAAGUAGUUUCCUUCAAGUUUUCAAUUCAAGUCCUGAUGAAUCAAGUUUCUAUAGAUUCAUGUUAAAUCGUGAAAACGUUUCCAACUCUUUGAUUAUGAUUCAACCAACCCUAGAGAAAUACUCGUUCAGUGGUCCACCUCAUCCAGAGGUCUUGAGUGCAAGUUCAAUCUCCAUCGAUAGUAUCCUCUUGUUGGAUACUUUCUUCCAUGUUCUCAUUUUCCAUGGUGAAACUAUAGCUCAAUGGAGAAAAGCUGGCUACGAUAAAGAUCCACAACAUCAAAACUUUAGAGACCUCUUACAAGCUCCAAGGGAUGAUGCUGCUCAUAUCCUUAAAGAACGUUUCCCUUAUCCUCGUUAUAUAGUUUGUGAUCAACACUCUGGUGAAGCUCGUUUCCUUUUAGCAACUAUCGAUCCAAAUAUAACUCACACUAGUAAUACACCUCAAGAUCCUUCAAAAGGUGAAAUCGUUUUCACUGAUGAUGUAAAUUUACAUGUCUUUUUGGAACAUUUAAAAAAGUUUGCAGUUCAAUCUUAA